AAUUUUUUUUUAAAUCAUCUUAUGCUUCCUUUAUUAUAUGCCCCAUCAUAUAUGAAUUAUCCAUAACUCAAUCUUUAAUAGUUCUAUAUGCUUCCAACUACUACUACGUAUGCAUUACAAAUUCCUAAAAAAGAAACUUGUGAUUAAGCGUGUUAAUUUCCAGAGCCUUGUUAAUAAGAAUCAUAACCACCGAGUAACACUAUCAAAUUCGAAGAAUCAGUCCAUACAGAAAUAACAAUUCUCCUCAAAUACUUAUCCAAACAUAUUUCCUUACUCAAAGAUUGUAUAUUUGAUGAGUUUGUGUAAUCAAAUUUAACUGUAUACUACUGUUUAUAAAUUUUAGACUUUGUCCUCUGUAAUGAAAGACCUUCCAAACAUGAUUAAAAAACGAUAUAUCUUAGUCAAUAAAACAAAAGAGGAAAUGACAAAAUUUAUCAUCAGAAGAUGCUUUCUAUUUAUUAAAAGUCAAAUUGACUAUGAAGAAAAAGAAGGAGUCUCUGCUGAAGAGAGGGAUAGAAUAUUUUAUAAUUCUUUCUUCUCAGAUGAUCAAAAGUUCAUGAAAUCUCUUCAUUCAGAAUCUAUUGAUGAUAUGAUCCCAUUUAGAAAAGAUUCUAAGAUGAAAACCAUGAAUGAUAGCUAUUUAAAAAGAUUAUUUGAAUCAGAAAGAUUUUCUAAAUAUUAUGCUUUAUUUCUAAGUAAUUAUUCCUAUAAAUUAUAAAGAUCAAUUUAAGGAAAUUUGUCAAAUUGAGAAUGAAGAGAAAAUAGAUAACAUGACUAAAUAAUUGAUCAAAAUUAUUAUGACAAGAGAUUAUGGAGUAAUAUUAUUUUAAAUUACUUUAAAAUAGAAAAUCAAAACUUAUAGAAGAUUCCCUUGGAAAGAUCACGAAUUGAUUAAAUGCGAAGAAAGAGCCUAAGAAUUAUAUUCCAAAUAUUAAAAUUCUCGCAUUAAAAGUACAUCUUCAUUCAAAUUAGAAACUAAAAACAAAUUUCUAUUAAAGUGUGAUUCCCAUACGUCUGAUAUAUUGGAAAAAUACUCUGAAUCUUAAAAUUGAUAUUGAUAUAAAAC